AUAAUUCGACUGCUGUAAUGUCACACUUUCUGGGCAUUGUCCAAACAAUGUAUCAACGCUGCACUUCAUCUAUGGAGGUUUUGUUUUCGUCCACAAGCCCUGAAGUGGCUGGAUUCAGUCAGCUUCAUAACGAUUUCUUGGAGGUGAUGGACUUCAUCAAUGAUGCUAUUUUCUCUACGGAUGCAUUGGUUGCUGCAUAUAAACCAGCAGCCUUGUUCUUUUCACUCCCUGCCCUAAUGAGUGAUGAAUAUGGCGAGUUGCUGAUCAUGCUAGCAAGAUUGCAUGACAGUCUCAUUCCCUCUUUUCAGCGAGGGUUCAGGAUGAUGUUUUCUCAGCAAGGAGAUGCUGGGAUGAUAUCAAGUGUUGCAGUUAGCUUGAAGAUGUUAUCGCUGAGAAUUGCAAAGAACUUACGUUGUCUCUUCCAGAAGUAACAAAGAUGUUUCCUGCAAAUGUCGAGGAUCCAAUGAUACGGGCGCGGAGAUAUUGAUCCAAACGUUCAGAGAGAUCAACGGAGUUUCACUUUCAACAUUUGAGAACCAAGGUGAUAGUCCUUUUCUAAAGAACCUUGACAAAAACUUCUACCUUAUGGACAGACUGAACAACUUGCAGAGUACAGGCAAGUGACCUUCAUUCUAAAUUUGUUCCCAACUUGUACUCAUUAUUAUAAGCAGAAUAGUAGCUAUAUUUUGAUGGUUUGAGGUUAAAAAGCUGGGUGGGUCGUGGGUCAACCACAGUCCACCCGCAUCCACUUAAUCUUUUGUGGGUCACCUAUUUUACAACUCACACCCAUAGGAACCACUCACAUGAUAAUGAGUGGUUCGAUUGCGGGUGGAUUUGGGUGGAUUUGUGGGUUCAACUACGCAAUGCUCACCCCUAAGUCAAAUAGUCUAUAAGGUGAGAUUAUAUAAUAAAAAAGUAAUUCAUUUUGAAUUGAAAUAAAUUAUUGAUUCAUUU